AUGCACAUAAUUCCUUCUCUUCCUCUGUCCCUCACUUUCUCUUUUUCUCUCUCACUCUUUCCCUUUUUUCUUUCUCUUUCUUUCUCUCUUUUUCUCUUUCUCUUUCUGUCUUUCUUUCUCUCUCUUUUCUUUCUCUCUUUUCUUUUCUCUCUCUUUUUCUUUUUUUUCUGUGUCUUUUCUCUCUUUCUCUCUCACUUUCUUUUUCUCUCUCCUCUUUCCCUUUUUUCUUUCUCUUUCUUUCUCUCUUUUUCUCUUUCUCUUUCUGUCUUUCUUUCUCUCUCUUUUUCUUUCUCUCUUUCUUUUUCUCUCUCUCUUUCUCUUUUUCUGUGUCUUUUUCUCUCUUUCUCUCUCACUUUCUCUUUUUCUCUCUCACUCUUUCCCUUUUUUCUUUCUCUUUCUUUCUCUCUUUUUCUCUUUCUCUUUUUCUUUCUCUUUCUCUUUUUCUUUCUCUUUCUGUCUUUCUUUCUCUCUCUUUUUCUUUCUCUCUUUCUUUUUCUCUCUCUCUUUCUCUUUUUCUGUGUCUUUUUCUCUCUUUCUCUCUCUCUUUCUCUUUUUCUCUCUUCUCUCUGGCUCCAUUUGUCUUCAUCCUUCUUCUUCUUCUUCUUCUUCUUCUUCUUCUUCUUCUUCUUCUUAUUCUUACCUCUCCUUUGCUUUCGUCUUCAAACUGUCACUCACUCACUCACUCACUCACCCACUCACUCACUCACUCAUUCUUUGUCUCUCUCUUGUUGUCGCAAGUCACCUUUCCAAAUCUUACUUCAUUCUUUCUGGUUUUCUCUUUCUAUCUUGAAAAGUUCCAUCUACUUUUCUUUCCUUUAUUCAUUUUCCCUCUCUCUUCACUUGAGUAAAUAUCUUAUUAUUCAUUGCUUCACUUAUUCACCAAUUUAUUUAUCCUCUUCCUUUCUUUCUCUUCAUAGACACUUCUUUUUUUUUCUUUCUUUCUUUCCCGAUUUCUUGCUUCUCACUUCUUUCUUCUUUUUUCUGUCUUUCUUUCUUUCUUUCUUUCUUUCUUUCUUUCUUUCUUUCUUUCUUUCUUGCUUCUCACAGACAUUUUUCUUCUUUUUUCUUUAUUUGUUUGUUUGUUUCCUUCUUUCUUUCUUUCUUUCUUUCUUUCUUUUCUUUUUUCUUUCUUUCUUUCUUUCUUUCUUUCUUUCUUUCUUUCUUUCUUUCUUUCUUUCUUUCUUCUCACAGAGAUUUCUCAAUUCUUUCCUUAUCACUUUCUUCUUCCCACAUUUACGAUGUUUUCAAUUUCUUUUUUCCGAUUUCAUUUUUUCUUUCAUUUGCAUACACAUUACUCUCUUUUUAUCUUAUUCUUUCUUUCUUUUUUUCUUUCUUUCUUUCUUUUUCAAAAAGGACAAUCUAUCUAUCUAUCUAUCUAUCUAUCUAUCUAUCUAUCUAUCUAUCUAA